AUAUAUAUAUUUAUAUAUAUAAAGCUCAAUUCCAAAAGGAAUUCCUUGUAGAGUAAUCUACUUCUUCCCUUCCCAUAUCAACCAAAAUAAACAAGAUCGCAAACAUGUAUUCCGGCGACCAAAUUGCUUAUGAUUUUAUCCUUGCUCUUCUUUUGAUUAUUUUCAUCAUUCUUGGUUUGAUCCUCUAUUUCUUUUGUAGAAAGAAACCUGUAGAAUCUGAAGAAACUCUUUCAUUCAAGGCUUCUGCUCCCACAUAUCCAUUGACAGAUAUAGAUGCUGCCACUGAUGGCUUUAAUCAUCGAAGAGUUAUUGGUAAAGGCCGUUUAGGUACAGUAUACGCAGCCCUAUUGCCAAGAGAAGAGCUGGUUGCUGUUAAAAGAAUACACCCAUCUCUUGUUUUGAGCAAUGCUGGUUGUGGGUUCUCUUCAAUACUCAAAACACUGUCUUUAGCCCAACACCCAAAUAUAUUGCCUAUAUUGGGAUUUUCACAGGCUCCAGGGGAGAGAAUUAUUGUUAUGGAAUUUGUUGAUAUGGCCAGUUUGGAUUUUCAUUUGCAUGAAAAUUCUGAUGCUGGUUUCCUGUUGGAUUGGAGCAGCCGUCUGAGGGUGGCUGCCGGGGCAGCCAGAGGGCUUGAGUAUUUGCAUGAAAGGAUGGCACCGAAUGUUAUACAUGGGUGUUUCAAGGCCUCAAAUAUUCUAUUAGAUGUGAAGUUUUCUGCUAGGGUUUGUGAUUACGGACUCUCCUUUUUGGCACCUAAAGAAAGAAGAUACGUAGCAGGGUGCGUGGAUGAAGAAUACUGGCGUGAAAUUGGGGGUGGCCCUUGCAAGGCAAGUGAUGUUUAUGGGUUUGGUGUGGUUUUGUUAGAGCUGUUGACAGGAAGGAGAAAUGAGGAAGGGUUACUUGUGAAGUGGGCAUUGCCUUUGAUUAAAGAAAAUAAGUUUAGUGAGCUUUUAGACGCUAGACUUGCAAUACCUUCAGAUACGAAGCCAAUUAUUAGAUUGGCAAAGGUUGCUUCAGCUUGUAUUAGCAAUUCUAGGAAAAGCAGGCCUACAAUUGUUCAAGUAGCAGCCAUUCUAAACAGUUUGGAGGCUGAGGUAUGUGCAUGAUUAAUUCGAUACAUCAUUUUACGAGCUUGUAGAAAUACAAUAGAAGCAAACCAAUUUACAAGCAAGUUUGAAGAUGGGUCUGAAAAUGGAUUGAAACUGGUGGUGGAUAAGAAAGCUGAGAUUUGUGGGGGGAUUUCUUUAGACUUUAAUAUGGUGAGUUGUGCUUGGGCGGUGAAAUUUAAUCUUUGUUUGCGUGUAGAAUAGUGAUCUUUUACUGGCAUUUGGCAGUUAAGUGAAAGGGACCCAUUUUCUUUAAUCAAGUGCAUUCGGUUGCCUUUUGUAAAUAUUUUAUGCUUAUAGUUUUGUUUAGAAAUAUAUUAUUUUAUCAUCAUCAAUAUGCAUCUUCAUCUCUUUUUUUCAUUGAAUCUUUCGAUAUUAACACAUUUUACAUUUAAA